CUCUACCCUUUCCGGGGGUUUCUUUUUAGCGGAGGAGAGGAGGACUAGACACAAAACCCAAACUAAAAGAGAAAAGGAGGAGGAAAAAAAAAAAAAAAAACACAAAGGAAAUCUCCCAAAGGAACGAAGAGAGAAACAGAACCGAGCCAGCCACACCCUUGCGCUCUCUCCUUCCCUCCCUCCCCUUUUCUUUACAUUCAGCAAAGGCAUAGAGUUUGAUUCAACAACAAGAGGAAGAAGCAGACGAAGCUUAACAAGAAGAUCCAUUUCUUCUCUUCCCGUCUUUCGAUAUAUAGAUACACAUACGCAGAAAUUGGAGAGAAAGAGAGACAACGAACCAGGUAGAGACGGAUUGGAUGUCCAUUUAGAGAGAACAGAGGAAGAGAGGGCGAGAGAGAGGGGAGACACAGACUGUUUUGCCUUAGUGGGAAACCAUGGGUUUCGUUUGUUGUUUCCACCAGUGAUCUCAGUUUUAUCUGUUCCUCUAUUUCCGUCUUUGAGAUCUUGUCCAUCCUCCUUUUAACACAUUGCCUACUUUGGAACCCCACCAGCGAUCCGUAUGAAACAAACCCUUCAACACUCUCCUUAAUUAGUUUUCACCUUAAAAUUCCCGUGUUUCUGGGCAUUCGAAAUAUCUGCUCUUUUGAUCAUUAAAAGUUUCAAACUUCGAUGUUGUCUUCCCGUUAACUUUCACUCUCAAAUAAUUCUAAGUGCUUCCGGUGUUGGGCAAUUAAAAUUUGUUUCGCUUCUUUGCUUCGCGGAGUUUGUUGAUUGGUUGUGUUUUUUGUCUAGGGUUUCGGCCGGUACGUCAGUGGGAGUCUGCCCUAAUUGUGGUCUCUGGAGGAUCUGCCUUAAUUGUGGUUUUUACUGAGUAUUAGGGUUUGUAUAUAAGGAACAAGGAGUUGGAGAUUUUGGGAUCACUGGCUACGGUUUUAGAUUCGCACAUUGAAUCUUGCAAAAAUCAGAGGUGCGGUUUGGACAGAAUCCUCAAGUUACAGUCAAAGAAGUUGCUAACAGGUUCAGAUUGGCACUUAAGGGGCCUGGAUUUUGAUUCCUGAACUUGAGGGAAGCUCUUGAACUGCCUUUUGCUUGCUAGCAGAUUGUGGAUUGGAACUUCAGCAUUUUAAGCAAAUCAUUGAACUGAUUGGUUGAACUUCAUUGGUCUGAGGGACUACUGGAACUAGACUCAUUGUUACUGCUAGAGAGUUACCCUCUUAAAGCUGGUUCUCAGUUAGGAUAUUUGGAAGGAAAUCACGGACUUGAGGAGUUUUUGGAGACUGCCUUUUGGAUGGUUCUUUUGAUGGAUGAUGUAUUGAUGUAAUCAGGAAAUGACCGCGGGGACAUGGUGUUUGGGCAAGAGCAUAGUUUAUGGUCUGUUCCUGUCUUGGAACAACUGCACGGAAAACUAGAUAGAACUUUUGGGUUGGUGCGGAGCUGCUACUUAGUCAUAUCCAGGGUUAUGUGCGAUGUCUCGUUGCUUUCCAUUUCCUCCACCAGGAUAUGAAAAGAAGACUAGAAUUGAUGAUGCCGACUUGCUGACAAAGGAGAAGCAUAAGGAGAAAAAACACAAGAAAGAUAAGAAGCACAAAGAGAAGAGGGAUGAUAAAGACAGAAGUAAAGAAAAACAUAGGGAAAAGAAACAACGAAAAGAGAAGGACAAAGGCAAGGAAAAGGAUGGGGAUAAGGCGAAAAAUCAAACCUCAGUUGAGAACAGAGUUGAAAGGCAGCCAGCAUUCAGUAAUGAACACAGCGCUGCCUCAAGUGGUGUCCAGAAUAAUGAGAUCAAGGAUUCAAAAUUCGUGCAGGAGUUGGCCAAAAGGAUCAGGGAUGAUAAUGGAGUAUCACCGAGCCAGAUGGUGCACAAGAUUGCUGCUACCAGUCAGAAGAGGGCAGAGCCAAGACGAAUGUCCUUGGACAGCAAUUUUGCGGAUCAAUCCAAGGAAAAAGAGAAAAUUAAGGGUAGUGGUGAAGAUCACUGGAUGGCCAACGGGCAAAGGGAUCUCAUUGAUGCAAAUGAAGCGGAGAAACCAUUUGCUCAGAACUUCACUGGUAUUGAUAACCAUAGAGCUGAAGAUGCUGGCAAACAGAAUGCAAAGAAGAAUGGUGAGAAACCUACAGAAGGGAAAGAGAAGAAGAAACACAGGGAGAGUAAGGGAGACAAAGUCAGAGAUAAAGAUGGAGGUUCAAAAUCAAAGAACAAGGAACGGGAUAAAGAAAAGAGAAAGGAGGAGAGAACGAUAGAGGUAAAGGAACCAGGUAAAGGUCAGAUACUAAAAGAAAGUAAGAACUCCUUGGACUCUCGGAAUUUCAAAACAUCUGAUCUAGCAAGGUUAAGUAGCACAACUUUUGGUAGUGAAGGAACUGUGGGGAAGCCCAAGGAGGUUGAGGACGAGAUGUUACAAGAGCAAGGUCCUGGAUUAAAAGAAAAUAACUCUUACCCCCUCGACUUUCGGAACAUUAAAAGCUCAAACCCUUCAAAGUCAAGCAGCACAAAUUUCAGCAUUGAGGGAGCUCCUGGAAAACCUCGUGAUAUUGAGGAUCAGAUAUUAAGAGAAAGUAUUCCCAAAUCGAAAGAAAGGGAGGACCCCCUGGACUUUCGGAUUGUGAAAUCCUCGGAUGCAUCAAACAAUGCAACUUUCAACAAUGAGGGAACUCUUGUCAAACGCAAGGAGCUUGAUGAUGGUGGUCGCAUAGUAAAAAAAAGUAUCAAGGAGACUCUGGACUUCCAGAAUUCUGAUGCAUCAAAGUUAAGCAGCAUAACUUUCAGCAAUGACGGAACUCUUGGAAAACGCAAGGAGUUUGACAAAGGUCACAAAAUAAAAGAAUGUAUCAAGGACUCCCAGGAUUCCCGGAAUAUCAAAACCAUGGAUACAUCUAAGUCGAGCAGCACAGCUUCCAGCAACGAGGGAACUCUUGGCAAAUGCAAAGAGCUUGAUGGCAGUGGUCAGAAAGUGAAAGAAAGUAAGAAUCCCCCAGAAUUCCAGAAUAACAAAAUCUCAGACCCUUUGAUGCUAUGCAACACAACUUUUAGCAGUGAGGGAACUCUUGGCAAACGUAAGGAGCUUCAGGUCAAUGGACACAUGCUUGACAAUGGUCACCGGCCUAAUAAAUUGCUGAGACCUCUCCCUUCCUCUGAUUCAGUUAUCCAUAAUGGAAGGAAAUCAGAACCAUUCCAGACCGCUGUUCAGCUUGCAUCUGAGAAGCAGGAGGCUGAUAAUGGUUACGGGAUGGAUAUCAAAGAGCGGAAGAUUAAUGGGCUUAAAACUGUGGAACAGUCCAAUUCAUGCCUAUUGAGGCCUCCAUGUGCUAAUGUGCCAGCUGCUGGCAGCAAAGAAACUGUGAAAUCACCACAUCCUGAUGCCAAGUAUCUGGAUCAGAUACUUUCUGUGCCUGAAGGGGUCGAUUUGCCUUAUUUCUGCAACCAGGACUGGCUAUUUAGUGGCAUUCAUCAGUUAAAGAAGCCUCGCAGGGGUUCACCUGAGGUUGAUGGAACAAAGCAAGUAUGGGAUGCAGCCCUUCGGAUAGAGUCUGCUGAAGUUUCGGCUCUGCCAUAUGUCAUUCCAUACUGAUUUGGUGCUUAGCAAAUAGGUCUAUGGCUUGCCAUUCCUCCUGACCGCAGUUAAAAACUGCUAUUAGGGCAUGCUGACAUUUGCUAUUGAGAAGUUUGGUAUGUCAACGCUGUCCCCAUUAUAUUAUUUUUGCACGGAUCAGCUUCUUAGAGUGCAGAGAGCAUAGAUCUGAUCUCCGCUGCAGUAAAAUAAUAGUGGGUUUCCGUUUUCCAUGGUCUGGAAGCGAUUCAUUUUGGGAUCGGUUGCAGAAAACUAACCAAGUUUUGUGCCUUAUUCCCCAGAAUAUUAGCGGUUUCGUUGAAUUGCCUUGUGCUUUUGUGUUUGUGUGGCGAUUACCUUACCUCUGGGGGUGGGUUAGACGGAGCUGCAUCUGAGUGAAAUGGAGAGUGAGAUAGGGAGGAGAAGAAAAGGUUAAAAUGGAUACCCUUUUUGGGGACUCUGAUUAGCUUUAGAGUAAAGAGUGGGUAAAAGGAUAGUGAGUUGGGGUUGAAGUGGCCAUUUGUGUUAACAAGCCAACAGUUUUGAUUGUUUCUUAGAGGUAUACGUAAUAAUGUAAAUUUUAUCUU